AUGCGUCUCACCCUCGCACUCCUCCUCAGCCUGACCCUGACGCCCUUGGCGCUCGCAGCAACCCUCACCUUACCCACACUAUACACCUGUUCUCCGGCCAACAUCACCGUCGCCGCGCGCGGCAACUGGACGUUGGAAGGGCGCGAUUCUUCGACCAACAAACUCGUCCUUCGUCGUCGUAUGGAUCGAGGUGACACGUCCGUCCUAUGGGAUGCGGUCGAUUUGCCAUCGAACAGCACAGCGCUCUUCGUACUCACCGACCAGAUUCGUUCCAACAUCACAUCCCUCGCCACAGCCCAGGGACUCAUCCUUGCCAGUCCGACGGGCAACACCACCUGCCUCUCUACGAGCAAAAAAUCCUCCAAUCGCGGCAAGGGCAAAAACACCGUGCCGGAAAUCAUCGGUAUCGUCCUCGGCGUUUUUCUACUCCUCGUGAUCCUUUUGGUCGGCGGAAUGAUGUAUCGUCGUAAAAAAGAGCGGAGGCAGAGGGUGGAGGAGGACGAUAUCAGCGACAACUACGGUGCGAAGGCUCCCGGGAGUGGGUACAUGGCGCGCCUGGUGCCCGGGUUGAAGAUGGAAUCGCGUCCGUUGCCGAGGGAUCCCGUGCUGGAGGAUGAGCAGAAAGCCUAUGCGAGUACGCGCAGGGGUACGCAGUACUACAACAACCACCCGGGGUAUGGGCAUGGGGUUAGCCAGGAUGGCGCAUGGAGGAGGGAAGAGCAGCAGGGAUGGGAUCAACAGCAGUACCUGCAACGUCAACCAUCGACAACCGACCCCUUCGCCUCCCAGACCCAUAUUCAGCCCUACCAGUCAUCAUAUGCCCAAAGGGACUGGAAUCACUAG